UUGGUGUAGGUGUUCAGGUUUGACCCAGAACAAAGUUAUAAGAAAGUGUUGAUGCUGUGUGCUCAGCAGUGGUGCAUAUUUGUGGACACCUUCUUGAACUGAGAGUAAGAAACUUAAAAUAAGCUCUCAACCUAUCUGUCAAUGGCAGACUAUCAUUUUGUUUAUAAGGAUGUUGAAGGAGCAUCUACACAGUGGGACGAUAUACAGAGAAAACUAGGUAAUCUACCUCCCAAGCCAGCUCCUUUCAGACCCCCUAUCUUUGUUCCCGCUCAAGAUGAAGACUUAAAGCCCAAAGACAAGGCUUGGAUCGAUGAGAAAACUGAAGAAGAGCUUGAAGAUCUUGAAGACGAUGCCGCUCUUGAUGACUACCAGUUCCUUGAAGAAUACAGGAAGAAGAGGCUGGCAGAGAUGAGAGAAACAUGUAGAGUUUCAAGGUUUGGAUCAGUGAUUCCAAUUUCAGGAUCAGAUUUUGUUCGGGAGGUUUCACAGGCUCCACCAGAUGUUUGGGUUGUCGUAUUUCUGUUUAAGGAAGGAAUUCCAGAAUGUGGUCAACUUAUGCCUUGUCUGGAAGAACUGGCUGCAAGAUAUCCAGCAACAAAGUUUGUUAAGAUAAUUUCUACGGAUUGUAUUCCAAACUACCCAGACCGUAAUCUUCCUACCCUACUGGUGUACAAUAAUGGUGCUGUCAAAGCAACAUAUGUUGGCUUGCAUCAUUUUGGUCGAAGGUGCACACCUGAAGGUGUUGCUCUAGUCCUAUGCCAGUCAGAUCCAGUUUUAGAUGAUGGUCAGAGUGGAAGUGACUCAUCGAGAAAGGCCAUCAUUGAUGGAGUCCGCAAGAGGUUUAUAGAGAAGGUCGUGACACAGCAUGAAGAUGAUGAGGAUGGAUCUUUGAGCGAUUAGAAUCUUGGGGCUCCGCCAUUCGCAUUUGAUGGAAGGGUCAUUUCUCUGCAAUGCUUUGUGACAUAGGGCCAGUGUAAUUAUAGAUUGUUUUAAUUAAAUACUUUUACAGCACGCAAGUGUAUUUUAUCAAGAUCUGUGAGGAGGUUCUUUGAGCAUAGUAUUUUGAUUUGUUUUGAGAUUGCUGAUGA